UGUACGACUGUAAAUUAAAAAAUGCAACGCUUAUAUAUAUAGCUACUACUACUGCGUACUACUCAUAACACAUUAUUACGUACACAAGACAUUAGAAAUUAAACACAAUAUGUUGAAAACAAGUGCGAAAGAAGUAGCUGAGUUGCCAGAUCUCAAAGCAGUGCCUUCUAAUUACUAUGUUGAUAACCACCAUAAUUACUCAUUACCUGCAGCCAUUAUUGACACUAAUUAUGAUGAUGAUUCAUUAAUCCCCAUCAUUGAUUUCUCCCUCCUUUCUUCAGAAGAUCCUCAUCAACACUCCAAAGCCAUUCAAGACCUUGGAAGAGCUUGUCAACACUGGGGAUUUUUCAUGCUUGUGAACCAUGGAAUAGAAGAAAGUUUGAUGGAGGAGUUGAUAGGGGUGACGAAUGAGUUCUUCUUGAUGCCAGAGGAGGACAAGUGGAAGUACAAAGGGGAAAAUGUAUUUGAUCCAAUAAAGUAUGGCACCAGCUUUAAUUAUACUUCAAAUGAGACCAACUUUUACUGGAGAGAUUUCCUUAAACUCACUCUUCAUCCUCAAUUUCAUUCUCCUGACCAACCCAACAAUUUCAGAGAAGUUUUACGUGAUUAUUGUGACAAGUCAAGAAAAGUGGCAAGAAUGUUGCUGUCAGGAAUAUCAGAAAGUUUAGGAUUGGAAAAAGAGUUGAUGGAAAAAUCACUGGAUCUGGACUCGGGUUUCGAGCUGUUGGUUGCAAAUUACUAUCCAGCAUGUCCACAGCCCGAACUUGUAUUGGGCCUUCCACCCCAUUCUGACUUUGGGCUUUUGACACUUCUCAUACAAAAUGACGUUGGUGGAUUACAAAUACAACACAAUGGAAAAUGGAUCAACAUCAAUCCCAUUACCAACUCUAUUUUGGUCAACACUGGGGAUCACCUCGAGAUAUUUACAAAUGGGAAAUACAAGAGUGUUUUGCACAGAGCAAUAGUAAAUAAAGAGGCAAGGAUAUCAAUAGGAAUAGCAAAUUGCCCAGCUAUGAAUGCUAUAGUGAGUCCAGCUGAUUCACCUUUAAUCCAAAAUGAAAGGUUACCACCACUUUAUGUUCCCAAGGAAUACAGUGAGUAUGUGGAGAUGCAACAAACUAAGCCACUGGAUGGAAAGUCUUGUCUGGAUCAAAUCAAGAUCAAUUCACCACCAUAAAAGUAAACAAAAAAAAGAAAUUAUUUCAUUUUUUUACACACGACUUGUCUCAAGAAAUAUGUACUCCUUAAAUUCAAUCAUAAUUUAAUACCAAUCAAAAGAUCGAAAAUGCUAUAAAGUUGCUUACUUUUAUUGUUA